AUGACCUCCCACCCCGCAGACAUGAACGGCAAAGCCCCCAUGCGCGAUACAGACCCCUUGGUCAAGGUCCAGCCGCCUCGUCGCGAGGACCUCCAACCUUCCUACGCGCAAGUCAUCAAGCCCGACACCGAGGACGAGAACACCCACGGUUGGUACGGCUCGAUGAUAAACACCAUAGGCACUAUGAUCGGCACGCUCGGCUCGAUCCCAUGCUGUAUCAUCUGCCCGAAUCCCUUUAUGCAAGUCCAACAGGGCAACGUUGGCCUGAUCACCAAGUUCGGCCGCUUUGCGCGCGCGGUUGAUCCCGGACUCGUCAAGGUUAAUCCGCUGUCGGAGCGUCUGUUUCAGAUAGACGUCAAGAUCCAGAUUGUCGAGGUGCCACGACAAGUCUGCAUGACCAAAGACAACGUAAACCUGAAUCUCACUUCGGUUAUCUACUAUCGCAUUACGAGCCCCCAUAAGGCCGCCUUCGGCAUCUCCGACAUCCGCCAAGCCCUUGUCGAGCGUACCCAAACCACCCUCCGACACGUAAUCGGCGCACGCGUCCUCCAAGACGUGAUCGAGCGGCGCGAAGAGAUCGCGGCCUCGAUCCGCGAGAUCAUCGAGGAGACCGCCGUGGGCUGGGGCGUCGAGGUUGAGAGCAUGCUGGUGAAGGACAUUAUCUUCAGCCAGGAGCUGCAAGAGUCGCUAUCCAUGGCUGCGCAGAGCAAGCGCACGGGCGAGGCCAAGGUCAUUGCUGCGCGUGCAGAGGUUGAGAGCGCGAAGCUUAUGCGUCAGGCUGCUGAUAUCUUAUCUUCGGCUCCGGCGAUGCAGAUUCGCUAUCUCGAGGCUAUGCAGGCGAUGGCGAAGACGGCGAACAGUAAGGUCAUCUUCUUGCCGGCACAGAAUCAGACCGUGCAGAGUCAGCUCGCGCAAGCGGAGGCGGCUGGCGAGGGGCCGAGUAAGUAUGCUAGUCCACACAGCGGUGGUGAUGAGUAUGGGCACACCGAUUCGAUGUUUCAGAGUGCGAUGAACGCGCGUGUGAUCGAGAAUAUGUAA